GUAUGCAAGGCAGAUCAGCACAUCGUCGUGACCGAAGCCGUUGGAUAUCUUCACGCGUGUAUAGAUUCGUAUGGCGAGAACAACCCCUGCUAAACUCAACAGAAGUAACCCGACAAUGAUGUUGUUUGGCCCGCGAGUUUCUGGAUCUACGUGAUUUGAUGGAGGCCAGGAGGCAGUUAUCUCUGCUGUGAUCCGCAUGCUGUGUCUGAAGGUGUAGCAGGAAGGGCCAGAGUGCGGGUUCCACGCAAGCCGAGAUGCUGGUCGGCCUAGGCCAGGGCUUCGACGAGGACGUCUAAUGGGCAGCGGUACAAAUAUACCAUGUUUCUUGACCAAGACCUCGAACAGCUAUGUUGAAUAUAUCUUGUGAUCCAAUACUGACAGACGUGAGUCGAUAGGUAGGCGAAGGUAACGGUGAAGUAACAAGUGAAUGGAUGAUGCAAGUGCAACAGGGGACUCCCAGGACUUGUCGUUGAAUCCAGCUGGUGACCAGGUGCCAGCCGAGAUCCGGCCCGCCACUACGCCUUACCUAAUGGGAGCUAGUGCCACCCCGCCAAAUCCACCCACAAAAAUUCCUGGGAUUCGCAAAAUCACUUUUGAUCUUGAAUUCUCGGCUUUCUCCUCGUAAACGACCGACGCAAAACCACACCUAUAGAAGAAAUAUCUACAGGAAGACGGCAAAAUGUCCAAGAUCUCCGUCGCCGGUGUGCGUCAGCACGUCGCUGAACUCCUCGAGUACAGCAAUGAGACCAAGAAGCGUAACUUCUUGGAGACUGUCGAGCUCCAGAUCGGUCUCAAGAACUACGACCCCCAGCGUGACAAGCGUUUCUCCGGCACCGUCAAGCUCCCCACCGUCCCCCGCCCCAACAUGAGCAUCUGCAUCUUGGGUGACCAGUACGAUAUCGAUCGUGCGAAGCACGGCGGUGUUGACGCCAUGAGCGCCGACGAUCUCAAGAAGCUCAACAAGAACAAGAAGCUCAUUAAGAAGCUUGCCCGCAAGUACGAUGCCUUCGUUGCUUCCGACACCCUCAUCAAGCAGAUUCCCCGUCUGUUGGGUCCCGGUCUCUCCAAGGCUGGCAAGUUCCCUACCCCCGUCUCCCACAGCGAUGAUCUCUCCGCCAGAAUCACCGAGGUCAAGUCCACCGUCAAGUUCCAGCUCAAGAAGGUUCUUUGCAUGGGUGUUGCCGUUGGCAACGUUGGCAUGACCCAGGAGCAGCUGAUUGCCAACAUCAUGUUGGCCAUCAACUACCUCGUCUCCCUCCUCAAGAAGGGCUGGCAGAACGUUGGUAGCCUUACCAUCAAGGCUACCAUGUCUCCUCCCCGCCGCCUCUACUAAACUGGGAGGUCAAGUGGUGUUGACCGGGUCUGGAGGGUUACGCUGUUCAGAUCCUUUUUUGAUUCGGGCGUAGAUAUGAUGGCAUGAAGUCACAGUAAUGAAAUCAGAUUUAGCCUGCCUUUUUCUCACUACCA